AUGAAUUCCAUCAAGCAAGCCAUCGAGUCCGCUCGAUCAAGGACCUCGGACGUCAUGAAUACUGCCAAGAGAAGUGAGGCGGCCGCCAAGGCCUCCGACGUUAUUCAUACUCCUGUCAUGCGAGCUGCCUUGCCUUUCAUCAAUGGAGGCAUCGCCGGAAUGGUAGCCACCUCUGUGAUCCAGCCAGUCGACAUGGUCAAGGUCCGCAUCCAACUCGCUGGCGAGGGCACAACGGGAGGUCCCAAGCCUACUCCGCUGUCUGUCACUCGACACAUCAUUUCCAGUGGCAAGGUCCUUGACUUGUACACUGGCCUGUCUGCUGGUCUCCUCCGACAGGCUGUAUACACAACCGCUCGGCUCGGCUUCUUUGAUACCUUCAUGGGAAGGCUAACAGAGCGAGCAAAGGCCCAAAAUAAACAGAUUGGUUUCUCAGAACGAGCAACAGCUGGCCUGGCAGCCGGUGGUCUAGCAGCCAUGAUUGGCAACCCGGCUGACCUGGCGCUGAUCCGAAUGCAGAGCGACGGCUUAAAGCCUCUUGCAGAGCGCAAGAACUACAAGUCAGUCAUCGACGCACUGGGAUCCAUUGCCAAGGGCGAAGGCAUCGCAGCUCUCUGGGCGGGCGCCGCACCAACCGUUGUUCGUGCCAUGGCCCUCAACUUUGGCCAGCUCGCCUUCUUCAGCGAGGCCAAGGCACAGAUGAAGCAGAACACAAACUUGUCCGCACAUGCCCAAACCCUGAGCGCCAGUGCUAUUGCCGGUUUCUUUGCCAGUUUCUUCAGUCUCCCAUUUGACUUUGUCAAGACAAGAUUGCAGAAGCAACAGAAGGGACCUGACGGCAAGCUUCCGUACAAGGGAAUGGCCGACUGCUUCACCAAGGUGGCCCGACAGGAAGGCGUCAUGAGAUUCUAUCGAGGAUUCGGAACGUACUACGUCCGCAUUGCCCCUCAUGCGAUGGUCGGAAAGAGACGCAAUGCUCCUCAGAGGAGCAGCCGGCAGCGGUCCAAUGCCACUGAUGGAAAUGAGCCCGACAUAUAUCAAGAGAUGCUGGCCGAGGCCGGAAUGUCUGCACCGCCAGCUGUCAGUUCACCGGAGAGGCCAUUGAAGAGAAGACGCGGAGUCGUUCCAUCGAUUCAGAGACCAGCAGAACCAAAUGAGCCUGCAAAAGUAUCACUGGCUACAGAAGCACCAAAAUCAGAGCUUGAUCAGCAGGACGAGAGCGACGACGAGGAAGAGGAUGCUGAAUUUGAGGAUGUCGUUAUUCCUGAACCUAUUGUCCAGACUGUCGAGUUGGAGUCAGACGAGGAAGAGGAUGAAGAUGAAGACGUGAAUUUCGAAGACGUUGACUUACUUAUGUCAUUACCGGAUGGAGACUCGGAGCAACAAGAGCCAAAGGAACUGGAACUCAACCUCUCAGCACAGAAAGCUGCCAUGACAUCCAAGCAAGGGCCUGAUAGACGAAGACCAAUCACCAACGAAGAAAGAGAGCGCCGCAUUGAUAUUCACAAGACCCAUUUGAUCUGUUUGAUGUCCCAUGUGGCUAAGAGAAAUCAUUGGUGCAAUGACACCCAAGUUCAAGACGCUCUCCGGUCUCGUCUGACAGAUAAGAUGGUUCAAUAUCUUACUCCGGGGACCAACCUAUCGCAGUUCGGAAGAACCGAAAGUCUUAAGAAUGGGCUCAAGCUUGUUGCAGACAUGUGGAAGGCACAAUAUGAGAUUACAGAGCGUGGCAUGAGGAGAUCCUUGUGGGCGGAAGAGGUGGAGCAGCUUGAUAGUUACGUGCUUCCGAAUGAUAUGGAAUCAUGUCUGGAUAAGUCAGACUUUAGAGAAGCAGCCAGGACCUUACAAGGAUCACGGGAUGUCGGAGCUCAGCUGUAUUGCGCCUUGCUGCGAAGCGCUGGUGUUCGUGCUCGACUGGUUUGUUCGUUGCAGCCUCUGGCAUUUGGCUCUGCAGGACCGACUCUUCCAAAAGCCAAAGAGGCUGCCAAACCAAAAUCCGUUUCCAAAGCCGAACAGAUGCUAUCUCAAGUGGCAAAAUACAGAGAAAUGGCGGCUGCGGUUUCGUCGACCCCAUCCGCCGGUCCUUCUACAGCUAGACGCAGGUUGGGUCACCCAAACGCAUCGGAUUACAAUUUCGAGCCCACCGCCGCUCCUACGAAGCCACGCCCAACCUUUUCAUCGCCCAAACAAAUACGCGAAUCUUCUUAUCCGAUAUACUGGGUGGAAAUUCUUGACGUAGGGCACCAGAAAUGGCAGCCUACGGACCCAGUAGUGACGCACACUUUCUGGAAGCCAAAGGCCUUUGAACCCCCCAUUACAGACAGGGAAAACUGCUUAUCCUACGUUAUUGCAUUUAAUGCAGAUGGCACUGCGAAAGAUGUAACCCGGCGAUAUGCCAAGGGAUAUGCAGCAAAAACGCGAAAAUUGCGUAUAGAAACUGCGCUGGACGAUGGCCAAAAGUGGUGGCGUAAAGUCAUGAAGAUGUAUAAGCCCAAGACGACCAGUGAUCUGGACCAGAUUGAGGAUAUUGAGCUGAGUGGAGUGGAGGCGAGAGAGCCAAUGCCGAGGAACGUACAGGAUUUUAAGGGCCAUCCAGUAUAUGCUCUGGAGCGUCAUCUUCGUCGGCAUGAGGUGCUCAUUCCAGGGGCCGUGCCAUCUGGAACCGUGGCAGCCGGAGCCCGCGCCCCUCUGGAAAAGGUCUUUCGCCGAAAGGAUGUUCGAAUUGCGAGGAGUGCUGAGAAGUGGUUCCGACUUGGCUAUGAAGUCAGACCUGGAGAGAUUCCUGCGAAAUGGUUACCCAAACGAGCGCAAAAUAAGAGGUCCCGGUAUGAAGAAGAGGAUCAUGAUGAAGGUGAUGCGGGGACGCCGAUUUACACGGUAGACCAGGCGGAAAUAUAUGAGCCACCUCCCGUACGAAACGGCCGUAUACCGAAAAACAAGUUUGGCAACAUUGAAGUAUACGUGCCUGGCAUGGUUCCGAAAGGUGGCGUUCACAUAGCGAGCGAAUAUGCCCGACGGGCGGCAUAUGCGUUGGGAAUCGAUUGCGCACCAGCGCUCACGGGAUUUCAAUUCAAAGGCCGACAGGGAACGGCUGUAUUGAACGGAGUCGUCAUUGCAAAAGAAUUUGAAGAGGCUAUUCACGCGACUAUUCAGGGGAUGCUCGAUUUGGAGCAAGAGUGGGAAGAUGAGAAGAGGCGAUAUGUAGCACUGAAGCUUUGGAGGCGUCUUCUCAUGGGCCUGAGGAUUCGGGAGAGGAUAUGGAGCGGUGUCGGAGAAGAGGAAAGGAAGGAAGCAGAAAAACAAGCAGAAUUAGAGGCCGAACUAGGCGCGGAAAGCGAUGAGACUGAGGAGUUUGAUAUGGUCGUCGACGACGAUGACGAAGAGGGUGGCGGAUUCUUGGUUGAAUAG